ACUUUUCCGCGGAUUAUAAUCUGCAGUUAACCAAGCACUCCGUCUCAUAGAAAUUCACUUUUGUUUCGGUUUUUCUUAUAGUUCAUUAUGACUGGUAUGAGAAUCAUCCUCGUUGGUCCCCCCGGUGCCGGUAAGGGUACCCAAGCUCCCAAUAUCCAAAAGAAGUAUGGCAUUGCUCAUCUUGCUACCGGUGACAUGUUGCGCUCCCAAGUUGCUCGCGGCACUGAUCUUGGUAAGGAAGCUAAGCAAAUCAUGGAUCAAGGUGGUCUUGUCAGCGAUGAUAUCGUUGCUGGUAUGAUUCGCGAUGAGUUCAUGAACAAUCCCGCCUGUAAGAACGGAUUCAUCCUUGAUGGUUUCCCUCGUACCGUUGUCCAAGCUGAGAAGCUUGAUGGCUUGCUUAAGGAUUUGAAGCUUGAAUUAAAUGCUGUUCUUGAAUUACAAGUUGAUGAUGAAUUGCUAGUCCGUCGUAUUACCGGUCGUCUCGUUCAUCCUGCCUCUGGUCGCAGUUACCAUACUGAAUUCAACCCUCCUAAGGUCCCCAUGAAGGACGAUAUUACCGGUGAGUCUCUCGUACAACGUUCCGAUGACAAUGCUGAUGCUUUACGCAAGCGUUUGGUUACUUACCAUGAUCAAACCGCUCCUGUUGUUGAUUACUAUAAGAAGGAAGACAAGUGGCAUCCUAUUCAAGCCGCUCAAAAGCCUGAAGAAGUCUGGCAACAAAUUGUUGAAAUUCUUGAAAAGUCCUCUUAAGUGUAUAGUUUACUCAAGAAUUUUCCUAUGAACAAGUUUUCAGUUCUUAGGGUUUCAAUUUUGCUUCAAAUAGACAUUGUAAGAACCAUUCAUGAAGUGUUUUCGUUCAUAGACGUGUUCUUUCAAUAAACUUCUUUUGUUUUUACAAUAUAAUCUAAAAGAACAAAACUGUAGACCAACA